AUGGUGUCGUCCCCCCUCUUCCUGUCGUCGCUCGACGCGCUGGCGCCCCCUUUCUACCCGUCCACGUCGUGGGCCCCAGCGAGCACCGACAACGCCACCGACAACAACGACAACACCGACGACGACUACAACUGGGGCCGUCCGCAGUCGCCGGGCAAAAGCGACGCCGUGUCUGUCCUCGAGGUGCCGGACGAAGAGCUGUUUGAUCCGUCGUUCUACCCGCUCUCGGAGACGGAGAUGCAGGAGCUCGCGCAGGUGGACGAAGUGAACGCGAUCCUGGCCGAGCUCGGGCUGCUGGAGAGCCACCAGGAGCUGCAGUGUCAACGGAGCGACAAGACGCCUUCCGGUCGCUGCGCAGACGCGGACGUGGACGCAGAGAUGUACCGCUGGAUGGCCGCAACGGCGGACGGCGAGCGCUACGCAGUGCCGGAGCAGACUGCGUGCCACGUGGAGCGCACCGGGCAGUCGACGCGGCACCAGCCGCGAUCGGUCAAAUAG